UUUAUGUAAAUGUGCAGUAAGGAGGCGUGACACUGAAGCGAUCAUUCUCAUACUGUCAGCUCCUGUUCUUCAAACUGUCUGUGGUUAUUGUGAGGGACACGGAUCAUUUGAAGACGGAUAGAUAACGAAAGACCAAUACAACUAUGGCUCUACAAAAUGUAACAGUGGCAAAUCAUAAUGAAACACAGUGUGCCUCAAUUGAUGAUUUCCGUAACCAAGUCUACUCCACGGUGUAUUCAAUCAUCACCGUCUUUGGGUUGAUGGGCAACGGCUUUGCACUCUAUGUGCUUCUUCGUACGUACCGGCAGACCUCAGCCUUUCACAUCUACAUGCUCAACUUGGCAGUGUCAGACUUACUCUGUGUCAGUACGCUACCUCUACGUGUAAUCUACUACGUCAACAAAGGCCAGUGGAACAUGGGUGACUUUCUUUGUCGGUUCAGUUCCUAUGCAUUGUACAUGAACCUCUACUGCAGUAUCUUCUUCAUGAUGGCCAUGAGUUUUACCCGUUUCUUGGCCAUCGUGUAUCCAGUGCAAAACCUUAGGUUAGCCACCGAGAAAAAUGCCUGGAUAGUUUGCAUGUGCAUUUGGGUGUUCAUUUGCACCACCAGUUCACCCUUUCUCCUCUCUGGACAGCAUUUUGAUGAAAAAACUAACAAAACCAAGUGUUUUGAACCACCCGAAAAUUAUAAAAACCUGAACAAACUGAUUUUGCUGAACUAUUUUUCCCUGGUGGUGGGUUUCAUUAUUCCCUUCUUAGUUAUUUUGCUGUGUUAUGUCGGCAUCUUGCGCACUCUACUCAGAAACAACACUGUCGUGAACAGGCAGCGUUACACGCGCAACAAGGCCAUUCGAAUGAUUCUCGUGGUGAUGCUGGCUUUCUUGGUCAGUUUUAUGCCCUAUCACAUUCAACGGACGCGGCAUCUUAAUUUCACAAGUCGUAAAGACACUACCUGUGAAGAGAAAAUGUACAUGCAGAAGUCUGUGGUUAUCACUCUCUGCCUGGCUGCUGCCAACUCGUGCUUUGACCCGAUGCUCUAUUUUUUCUCUGGAGAAAAUUUUCGAGUCCGCCUCUCCACCUUUCGCAGGGCUUCUGGUAAUAUCAGUAGCACCCACCAGAAUCGGCAUCGUCUUCAAAGCUCCCCACCUGUGGAGGAGAGUGAACUUCAGGUGUGUAAUGGCUCAAGCUAACUUGGAGGAAUUAAAAUGAUGUUUAUCUGACACACAAAAUCUUAAUAUGUACAUUAUAAUCUGUCAGAAUGUCAGUUACAUAAUCUACUUGCAUAUAUUGUUGGUGAGUUAUGCAAAAAGUAUCUCAUUUAUCUUGCUUCAGAUAUACAGGGAUAGAAGAUAUAACUGGGAUACCUUGUUUAUUAACACAGAAUAACACUUGUAUUUAUGUAUUUGGCAGACACUUUUAUCCAAACCGAGUACAUUCAUAGCCUACUAUACAUUUUGUUCUGUAUGCUUUCUGGGAAACCUGCAGCUGCUUUAAAAAAAACUGCAAAUUUUUAUGUUUAAUCAAAUUGGCAAGUCUAUUUUUAAUUUUUUACUAGUGAUGUGAUGCUGUAUAGUAAAAAAACAGACUGAAAUUGCUAGUUAAUUUGAUAAGUGAUUUAAAAACAUGUGAAGAACAGUACUUUAUUACUGUAUAUUGGUAUAUUGGCAGUACUGUGGGAUAUAUUGAUGUUAAUCAUACCUGUCAACAUUGGGAUUUGAAAAUAAAGUAUAUCUCCUAACCCUAACACCCCGCCCCCUUCAUAACUUUGCAAGGGAAUGGAUGGGUACGCUGACUUUCUUACUUGUCUUGUUUUUAGUACAAAUAUCUCAAAAUCUUCUUUCUUUAUAAGCAAAUGACCUAAGAAACGAAGUCUAGUUUUGGGGCAAAACAUAUACAAUUUAAGUUGACUUAAAACGAGCAGAAAUAUCUGCCAACGGGCUGAGAAAAUUUUUCUUGAAUAAGGUGUUUAAGAAAAAGUAAACUUAUUUAAAGGGACAGUAAGUAGGGUUUUAAGUGUUUUAUUAAUCAAAAUCAAUGUCUUUAUUCAUAAAUAUGUCCUCAUUUGUGUCAAAUGACCUCUGCCAGUGAUCUGAUUUUUCUUCGUAAGCAAAGAAUUUCUCCUCUUUACUUACAUUCAACGGGAAAGUCCAAGGAGGAUUACAUGUUGUUUCGCCCUAUUGAUAAACUAUAAUAGCAGAGAGAGACAAUAAGCACUAGCCUACCUAGCCUAUCUUUUCAUUCAGAACACGUGAACCAGCUGAGACGGACAAGGAGAUCAGUGAGUACAUAACAGCUACCAUUGUUGCAACACGCAUUUGAAAAGAGCACUGUUCGUUUGAAUGCAAAAUACAAUUUCACCACUAGAUGGGGGUAAAUCCUACUUAUUGUCCCUUUAAAAAAAAUCUUACCCAUUUGGCGGAUAUUUUUGC